AUGCGGUUUAUGUGGUUUUCUUUGGCCGUGAUUGGCAGCAUUCUCGUUGCACAAAAUGUUCAGGCCGAAACAAACCCCUUUGGCGUCGGAUUGGCUGAGUUAUUGCGUAAGCGAGGCAUAAAUUUACAGUAACACAUUCUUUGUUCUUUUAGCGAUUGUUAAGGACAAAGCGCCGCAAUUCCUCAACCAACUCACUGGACGUGAUCGUCAGACCUUCAACAAUGUCUUGAACGAGAACAUUGACGAACUUCCACAGGCCGACAAGGGCUUGUUCCGAAGGUUCGUCGACUUUGCGCUGAACUUUUUGGUCAGCAGCGGAAAGGUUGACAGUACUGUGGGCAGCGCUUUGAGAAAUGUAAGUCGCAUUUCAAAAGAAAAAAACAUUUUUUGAAUAUAUUUUGGGCCAAUAUUGAAACUUUAAGAUUGUCCCCUUGAUUCUUGAUGACGGAAACAACAAAGUCUCCACUACCGCCAAGAUCACACGGAUGGUCGGAAGCUUGACUCCAGAACAGCGACAGCAGAUUGAGAACAUUUCCCCCGCCUUCAAGACGGUCUUCAAUUGUAAGUCGAAAUAGGGAUAGUCCUCCGGGGAAAGUUGGCAAAUCCGGCAUUUCUGCUUAGUCGAAAUCAGGGGCAUAGUAGGGUCAAAUAGGCGCAUCUCAAAAGCUUCUUUUUGCGGACGGACUGAUAGUUUCACUUUUUGCAAGCUAGGCCUUCACAGGAGCAAGCUGCCAAUUAAGGUCUUCUGGAGGCCUGACGUAAGGCGCAAUGUGAAGACGACAAACUCUGUAGAGUGCCUUAGAUCCACGUUAAAAACGUUGGCGAUAUUUUCUGGAAGCUUUUUUAGGGGGAACGUUUAGUUCAAGGAAAUUUUUAGUUUUGCAAUUCUAGCUUUUGGGACUUUUGAGCUAACAGAGCAAAUUUUUUUAUGAACCCAACCAAUGCAACCUUAUUUUAGUGAUCGGCCUCAAUGGAGUUUCUCAGACCUCCUUCAGCCUGCCAUUAAUCACCAUGUCCACAGCUGCCUUGAUGUUCUUCUACAAGCUUAUGUAA